AUGGCUGACUUUACAGGGGAGUGCAGCUACUGGCAGCUGAGUCCGGACCUCUCCAUCCCUGCCCUGGAGGAGCUCAGUGUGUGUGUCCACCUUCAGCAGCACAUCAGCACACCGGACUGGACAGCCUUCAUGUACCUCCACCCUGACGGGCUGCAGGCUGAGCUGGGCCUGGCCGGUCAGGAGGGCCUCGUCCACAUCUGGCUGUUUGGGAUGAGGUGGUCAGCCCCCCUCCACCUCCCCCUGGGCCACUGGCACUACAUCUGUAUAACCUGGUCUGGGGCAUCUCACCAGCCAGCCCUCUACGUCAAUGGGAGCAGUGUGGAUGUUCCAGCCCAUGCUAAGGAAUCCCCCCUGUCCCCCUCCUGCUGCAGGCUGGCCCCCAACGGCACACUCACCCUGGGUGUCUCGCACUACGUAGUCCAAGGGGAGAUGCAUGUGGAGAACGGUACCAACUUCAAUGGGAGUCUGUCUCUGUUCCGCAUGUGGGGACAGGCACGCACCCCUGAACAGGUGUCUGACCUGAGCUGCACAGAGGGGGAUGAGGUGCGCUGGGAUGCUGUCGACUGGCUCACCCUGAGGUGUCCUCCAGUCCCAGACUCCCGUCUACAAUGUGGUGAGGCAGGAGACCAUUUAUAUUUUAUAUAGAUUUUGAUUAUCUAUACAUUUAUUUUAAAUGUAAUUCUCUAUGGAAAAACUGAUUGGUGUCAGCUAUGAUUAGCCAUUUUAUUAUUUCUCUGGUGUCCUCUGCUGUUCCUGUUAUGUAUCUGGACCCAAGUUCAAAUAUUGAUCUCGUAUCCAAUGGAGCAAACACAGGGUGAAUCAUUAAACAUGUGUUAAACAUCAAACUCAAAGCUCUCUGCAGUUACUUUCAGGUCGUUAGAGAUGGUUCUUCUACGGUAGAUCUGUAGAUGAUAAGUAGCUACAAGUCAGAAGGUAAAUGGUCUAAACACCAAAGCAAUGCUUUGCAUCUUAUACAUUGCUUCUGAUCAAUGACAUCAUUUUCAUAAUUUCUGUCAGCCUGGUCUCUAUAUGAAGUUAAAGUCAAGAUCACCAUCAUCUGCUACGAUGGAAACAGUACAGAUAAAUACAAAGCCAGAGACCUUGCACAUCAAUGGGUAAGAUAUUGGGUCACAUUUCACUUACUGUUGCACAGUGUUUAGAAUGAUUCCAGAACUUUUAGAAGAGAGUUCAGAACUCUCCAUAUGUAACGUUCUCUGUUUUGAUGGUUCCAUUAACUUUAUCUAAUUGCAGCUCAGAAAAAUAUUACCAUCCAACAAAUACUAUUUGUACAGAGUCUCUGUGUCUGUGUCAACCAGGUAAGAAAAGACCCAACUACAAAUUUAGUACAGGUAUAUAAUGGAUUUAUUUAUGCAAUAUAAGUAAAUAAUCUCUUCCUCUCAAUUGCAAUCUCCACUGCAGGCCAUUUCACACUCUUAACAUUGUUGGUGAGACAUACGAGGAAGAGGGCCAGGUAAGUGUUGAACUCGAUGGAAUGAUGAUCCUACAAUACACAGUAAGAACAAUAACAUGAUAGUUACAAAGUUAAACAUGUAUUCUGAUGAUGAUCAGUGCACCUUUUUGAGCACAAAUGAUAGCAUUUAUUACAAUUUCAAUUCCCCAGGACAAACCAAAAUUGCGGGCUGAAUUCAAUACAAACAAGUAAGAAAUACUUUAUUCUGGUGGUAUUCACAAAGGUUCAAGUUUAACUUUUUGAAAAAGGUCUCUAUGACACUACUACAAUUGUCAAAACAUUUACAAAGAAAUAUACUCACUACCUCACAUUUCCAGGAGCUGAUUGAAGCUAUAGGUUUGGGACUAAAAGGACUUGUGCUUGUUGUUGUUUAAUCAUUGUUGUAUCACCACACAGCUUUGACUGCCUGGUCCACCUGAAUGUUAUCCCCAGCUCUGAUGUCAGGACAGUGCAGAAACAGGUCUCUCUUUUGCUGAACACACAUCAUAACUCCGGACAUCUCACACUAGUGGCUAAACCCCACAGCAUCCAAGUGAACGCUGUAGGUAAGACACAAAGCUUUUCAAAAGGAAUCCCACCUCUGGAGAGAAAAUAAUGACUAAAGAGGAAAUGUUAAUAAGUGAUUAGGGCCCUGAGUUUUUCCUGGUCAGGAGGACAAACUCCUGGUCUUAUAGAUGAUCUAGAUGAGUGAUGUCAAUGGUCUUUGGUUCCACUGUGAUGAGGAGAACCAAUACAUGUCUAUGGUUCCACUGUAAUGAGGAGAGUGAUUGUCUUUUUCCACAGAGGACUUCCCCCGAGCCACACACAUUCCUCCCAUUGACAUAGUCACUGAAGCCUCUUCUGACACAACCACAGACCUUAGUGUCACGACUGGUGGCAAACUCUCAGGUUAGUGUGUUCCUCAUCUGUUUCAGGAAAUGAUCCAGUCCAUCCCUUCUUCCAUCCACAACCAAACUAAUUACUGCAUGUGAUAGGAUUUUUACAUUGAAAAUGUACCCGCUCUCUGUUGGGAGGUGGGUUACUACCUCGAACUUCCAAUGUCCACCAGAUGCAUAUGCAUUUUGUUUUGCCAGAUGUCUAGACGGAUUUUCCGUACUUGGCGCACAUGUGCUUCGCUUUUCAACUAGCUAAAAGCUAGCUAGUUGGAGUCUGUGUGUACUUCUGUUUGUACCACCGCACGGUAAAGCAACGCACGAGUUGAAAAUAUUGAACUCAUGCGGUACACUGAACGCACCGCAGCACCCCCAACGUAGCGUUGCAGACUGCUCCAUUGACAAUUAAUGACUUCCGUCGGAACGCAAAGAGUUUGAUGCAUCUGGUGGACAUGAGGCGUAAACUGUCUUUCAUUGCAGACAUAUAUUUCGAGGUUGAUGCGAACGUGACCCUUACUGGGUCCUGUGACAAUCCGAGACAGACUAUCAUUAACUGGGUAUGUGAGCCGAAAGGACAGCAUUUCUUCAUUCAAAUGCUUGAUUUCCUGAUGAAUCCAGGUUACUAAUCACUCUGCCUGUUCUCUGACAUGUUCAGCUGUAUGGCACUCUACCUGCUGAGAUGUCUGUUCUGAUCUUCCAGCUUUUGGUAAAGGCAUACAGGUAUGUAUCAGUAAAACACUCACUAUAUCCCACAAAUGGAAUCAUGGGAGAUUUUGCCUGGCUCUUAAUACAAACGUCUUAAAGAAUAAACAGAAUACAGAGUAUCAGUUAAAUCAGUAGGUGAUCUGUCUUUCAGUGUGCAGCAUCCAUCUCCACGAUCAAACACGACUGAUUCUGAUAGGGUAUGUAAAUUACUCUCUUGGUAGUUGAGGCAGCAAGACAUUUAAUUGUGAGAGGUUAACAUAUCCCCAUUGUAAAAUGAAAACUACUUUGACCUGCCGGUACUCUGUCUUCACAAAUACUCAGGGUCUGUUGGCACUAAAUAGUGCCACUCUUUCUUACAGCCUUCCUUGCUCAAAACGUCAAGGUAUGAUCAUAGAAAAUAAUAAAAUAAAUAUAGAAAUAAAAUCACAAGCGAGUCAGACAUACACUGAGGACAACUAAACACUGCAUGUCAUUUAUAAUAAAAUGGAGUGAACAAUAUGUAACUAUUUGGUUUCCCCAUCCAUCCACAGACACGGCUGCCUGUUCCGGGUGCGGGUGACAACGUCAUCAAGUCAAGAGGAGACAACAACAAGGAUCCGUACCCUGCUGGAGAAGAUAUACACCAAUGACCUUAUAACCAUAGAAACCAAGUCCAAGGACAUCAAGAUCCGUCAUAUACGUAAGCUUUGUUUGAAUGAAACAAGACCCAUAAAACUCAAAUUGAAAGGACUCUGGGAAUGUCUAGAGAAAAAGAGGCUUGGGGGUUGAAGAAAAAAAACGGUCGAAAAUUGCUUUCCCUUUGAUAUGAAUGAUUUGAACUUAUUUGAUGUGAAAAUAGAGCAUUUGUCCCUGUGGAUUGUGCAGGCGUUGAUGCCUUGUGUUCCUUGUUUGCUCCACCGCCAGGGAGUUGUCUUGAGCACCGCCACCAGACCAGACAUGGCCUGUUUGUAUGGCCGGUCACCUGGGCCCCCCAGACUGCCACGCUGCCAUGUCAGGGAGACCCCAGCAAGAUGGCUACCAGGCUCUGGUGAGACAAACUGUCAAGCUGACAUACUGUAGUCCAUUAUGAUGAUUUAUGACAAAUUACCAAUGAUGAAAGGCUCUUGUGGUCUCAAAAAUGUUGUCUCUCCUGUCAUCGAACAGUUUAUUUUUAGAGUUCUAUUGUUUCUGGCUCAUUGAUUUUAUAGCCCAUUUCAUCUUGUUGUCAGAGACUGUGUGCUGUCUGCAACAUAAUGACCAAGCUGUCUCUCUUUCACACUGGAACAGGGAUAUUUGCAUUGAACGAUUAUAACAAAAUCAAUUGAUGACUACAUCUGGAAUACGUCCUGCAAUAAAAACAUGAAUCCGUUAGAGAGAAUGAGCAGAGCUAAUAUUUAAAUAAUUACCAUGAUCGAUUUUAUUAUGUGUGUUAAGAAUGGAGCCAUACUGUUUGCAAGGGAUGUGAUAUUGUUGGUCUCUGAGACACCUGUUCGCCUCCAUUAAGAUAAAUAUAUGAUGGACUGCACAACUAUUACUGAGCCUUUAAAAAUGCCAUAUGGAUUGAAUUACGAGGCACCUAACACUUACAUUCAGGAAAUAUAUUAUAUUAAUUGACGUUAAUUUUCCUGUCUCUCAUCUGUUUGACCAUGGGCGGAUGACUCCUGCCACACCUGUCGUACUUACAGUCUGUUGGGUAUAACAAUCAGUUGGGGCAUCCCAGAUCUGCACCAGUGCCCAUUUGUGGUUGAGACCAUUACAGACCUAGACAACAUUGAAGUCACUCCUGGUGAGUUCCUGGAUAGUUCUGCUACGUCCAUUUAGAAUACAACUUUAUUGUCCAUAUGUUACAACAGAUCCCCCCAGCCUUAUUCUAAAAUUGAUUAAAUCGUUUUUUCCUCAUCAAUCUACACACAAUAUCCCAUAAUUACAGAGCAAAUACAGGUUGUUAGACAUUUUUGCUCAUUUAUAAAAAAUAAAAAAUAACAAUAUUUACAUAAGUAUUCAGACCCUUUACUCAGUACUUUGUUGAAGCACCUUUGGCAGCGAUUACAGCAUUGAGUCUUCUUGGGUAUUACAUUUUACAUUUUAGUCAUUUAGCAGACGCUCUUAACCAGAGCGACUUACAGGAGCAAUUAGGGUUAAGUGCCUUGCUCAAGGGCACAUUAACGUCAUUUAGCAGACGCUCUUAGCCAGAGCGACUCACAAAUUGGUGCGUUCACCCUAUAGCCAGUGGGAUAACCACUUUACAAUUUGGGGGGGGGGGGGGGGGGUUAGAAGGAAUACUUUAUCCUAUCCCAGGUAUUCCUUAAAGAGGUGGGGUUUCAAAUGUCUCCGGAAGGUGGUGAGUGACUCCGCUGUCCUGGCGUCGUGAGGGAGCUUGUUCCACCAUUGGGGUGCCAGAGCAGCGAACAGUUUUGACUGGGCUGAGCGGGAGCUAUGCUUCCGCAGAGGAAGGGGAGCCAGCAGGCCAGAGGUGGAUGAACGCAAUGUCCUCGUUUGGGUGUAGGGACUGAUCAGAGCCUGAAGGUACAGAGGUGCCGUUCCCCUCACUGCUCCAUAGGCAAGCACCAUGGUCUUGUAGCGGAUGCGAGCUUCAACUGGAAGCCAGUGGAGUGUGCGGAGGAGGGGGGGUGACGUGAGAGAACUUGGGAAGGUUGAACACCAGACGGGCUGCGGCAUUCUGGAUGAGUUGUAGGGGUUUAAUGGCACAGGCAGGGAGCCCAGCCAACAGCGAGUUGCAGUAGUCCAGACGGGAGAUGACAAGUGCCUGGACCAGGACCUGCGCCGCUUCCUGUGUAAGGCAGGGUCGCACUCUCCGAAUGUUGUAGAGCAUGAACCUGCAGGAGCGGGUCACCGCCUUGAUGUUGGCGGAGAACGACAGGGUGUUGUCCAGGGUCACGCCUAGGCUCUUCGCACUCUGGGAGGAGGACACAGCGGAGUUGUCAACCGUGAUGGCGAGAUCAUGGAACGGGCAGUCCUUCCCCGGGAGGAAGAGCAGCUCCGUCUUGCCAGGGUUCAGCUUGAGGUGGUGAUCCGUCAUCCAUACUGAUAUGUCUGCCAGACAUGCAGAGAUGCGAUUCGCCACCUGGUUAUCAGAAGGGGGAAAGGAGAAGAUUAGUUGUGUAUCGUCAGCGUAGCAAUGAUAGGAGAGACCAUGUGAGGAUAUGACAGAGCCAAGUGACUUGGUGUAUAGGGAGAAAAGGAGAGGGCCCAGAACCGAUCCCUGGGGGACACCAGUGGUGAGAGCACGUGGUGCGGAGACAGCUUCCCGCCACGCCACUUGGUAGGAGCGACCGGUCAGGUAGGACGCAAUCCAGGAGUGAGCCGCGCCGGAGAUGCCCAUCUCGGAGAGGGUGGAGAGGAGGAUCUGAUGGUUCACAGUAUCAAAGGCAGCAGACAGGUCUAGAAGGACAAGAGCAGAGGAGAGAGAGUUAGCUUUAGCAGUGCGGAGAGUCUCCGUGACACAGAGAAGAGCAGUCUCAGUUGAAUGACCAGUCCUGAAACCUGAUUGGUUUGGAUCAAGAAGGUCAUUCUGAGAGAGAUAGCAAGAGAGUUGGCUAAAGACGGCACGCUCAAUAGUUUUGGAAAGAAAAGAAAGAAGGGAUACUGGUCUGUAGUUGUUGACAUCAGUGGGGUCGAGUGUUGGUUUUUUGAGAAGGGGAGCAACUCUCGCUCUCUUGAAGACGGAAGGGACAUGGCCAGCGGUCAAGGAUGAGUUGAUCAGCGAGGUGAGGUAGGGGAGAAGGUCACCGGAGAUGGUCUGGAGAAGGGAGGAGGGGAUGGGGUCAAGCGGGCAGGUUGUUGGGCGGCCUGCAGUCACAAGUCGCAGGAUUUUAUCUGGAGAGAGAGGGGAGAAAGAAGUCAAAGCAUAGGGUAGGGCAGUGUGAGCAGGACCAGCAGUGUUAUUAGACUUAACAAACGAGGAUCGGAUGUCGUCAACCUUCUUUUCAAAGUGGUUGACGAAGUCAUCCACAGAGAGAGAGGAGGGGGGGGGGGGGGGGGGGGAGGAGGAUUCAGGAGGGAGGAAAAUGUGGCAAAGAGCUUCCUAGGGUUAGAGGCAGAUGCUUGGAAUUUAGAGUGGUAGAAAGUGGCCUUAGCAGCAGAAACAGAUGAAGAAAAUGUAGAGAGGAGGGAGUGAAAAGAUGCCAGGUCGGUAGGGAGUUUAGUUUUCUUCCAUUUCCGCUCCGCUGCCCGGAGCUCUGUUCUGUGAGCUCGCAGUGAGUCAUCAAGCCACGGAGCUGGAGGGGAGGACCGAGCCGGCCGGGAGGAUAGGGGACACAGAGAGUCAAAGGAUGCAGAAAGGGAGGAGAGGAGGGUUGAGGAGGCAGAAUCAGGAGAUUGGAGGGAGAAGGAUUGAGCAGAGGGAAGAGAUGAUAGGAUGGAAGAGGAGAGAGUAGUGGGAGAGAGAGAGCGAAGGUUGCGGCGGCGCAUUACCAUCUGUGUAGGGGCAGAGUGAGUAGUGUGGGAGGAGAGCGAGAGAGAAAAGGAAACAAAGUAGUGGUCGGAGACUUGGAGGGGAGUUGCAGUGAGAUUAGUAGAGGAGCAGCAUCUAGUGAAGAUGAGGUCAAGCGUAUUGCCUGCCUUGUGAGUAGGGGGGGACGGUGAGAGGGUGAGGUCAAAAGAGGAGAGGAGUGGAAAGAAGGAGGCAGAGAGAAAUGAGUCAAACGUGGACAUAGGGAGGUUGAAAUCCCCCAAAACUGUGAGGGGUGAGCCAUCCUCAGGAAAGGAACUUAUCAAGGCGUCAAGCUCGUUGAUGAACUCUCCAAGGGAACCUGGAGGGCGAUAGAUGACAAGGAUAUUAAGCUUAAAUGGGCUAGUGACUGUGACAGCAUGGAAUUCAAAUGAGGAGAUAGACAGAUGGGUUAGGGGAAAAAUUGAGAAUGUCCACUUGGGAGAGAUGAGGAUACCUGUACCACCACCCCUCUGACCAGAUGCUCUCGGGGUAUGCGAGAACACAUGGUCAGACGAGGAGAGAGCAGUAGGAGUAGCCGUGUUUUCAGUGGUGAUCCAUGUUUCCGUCAGCGCCAGGAAGUCGAGGGACUGGAGGUUGGCAUAGGCUGGGAUGAAGUCAGCUUUGUUGGCAGCAGAACGGCAGUUCCAGAGGCUGCCUGCGACCUGGAACUCCAGGUGAGGGGUGCGUGCAGGGACCACCAGGUUAGAGAGGCAGCAGCCGCGCGGUGUGGUGCGUUGUUUGUGUAGCCUGUGCAGAGAGGAGAGAACAGGGAUAGGCAGAGGCAUAGUUGACAGGCUGUAGCAAAUGGCUACAAAAAUGCAGAGGAGAUCGGAAUGAAAUGAGCUAAGCAUCUGGGAGAGGAGAGAGGGGGGCCUCCCUCACCAAAAACUUCUACCUCAGAAACUAAAAUUGUUUCACUGAACCACCCGAACAAAAACUCUCCCAACUUCCACCUUUAGAAAUCAGAAUUGUUGUGAACCACAGUUGUUCAAUGUUUAAAGGAAUAGACUCAACCCACUUUAUUCAGCUAGCCAACUAUGACACCAUAGCUGACUAGCAUGGGUAUGACACUACAAGCUAGGCACACCUGUAUUUGGGGCGGCAGGUAGCUUAGUGGUUAAGAGCGUUGUGCCAGUAACCGAAAAAUCUGUCGAUGAGUCCUUGAGCAAGGCAUUUAACCCUAAUUGCUCCUGUAAGUCGCUCUGGAUAAGAGCGUCUGCUAAAUGACUAAAAAUGUAAAAUGUAAAAAGUUUCUCCUAUUCUUCUGUCAGGUUAUUUUCAGGUCUCUUCAGAGAUGUUCGAUCGGGUUCAAGUCCGGGCUCUGACUGGGCCACUCAAGGACAUUCAGAGACUUGCCCCAAAGCCACUACUGCAUUGUCUUGGCUGUGUGCACAGGGUCGUUGUCCUGUUGGAAGGUGAACCUUCGCCCCAGUCUGAGGUCCUGAGCGCUCUAGAGCAGGUUUUCAUCAAGGAUCUCUAUUUUCCUCGAUCCUGACUAGUCUCCCAGUCCCUGCCACUGAAAUGCAUCCCCACAGCAUGAUGCUGCCACUACCAUGCUUCACCGUAGAGAUGGUGCCAGGAUUCCUCCAGACGUGACGCUUGGCAUUCAGGCCAAAGAGUACAAUUUUGGUUUCAUCAGACCAGAGAAGCUUGUUUCUCAUGGUCUGACAGUCUUUAGGUGCCCUCCAAGCGGGCUGUCAUGUGCCUUUUACUGAGGAAUGGCUUCUGUCUGGCCACUCUACCAUAAAGGCCUUAUUGGUGGAGUGCUGCAGAGAUGGUUGUCCUUCUGGAAGUUUCUCCCAUCUCCACAAAGGAACUCUAGAGCUCUGUCAGAGUGACCAUCGGCUUCUUGGUCACCUCCCUGACCAAGGCCCUUCUCCCUCAGUUUGGACAGUUUGGAUGGGUGGCCAGCUCUAGGAAGAGUCUUGGUGGUUCCAAACUUCUUCCAUUUAAGAAUGAUGGAGGCCAUUGUGUUCUUGGGGACCUUCAAUGCUGCAGACAUUUUUUGGUGUCCUUCCCCAGAUUUGUGCCUCGACACAAUCCUGUCUCAGAGCUCUACGGACAGUUCCUUUGUCCUCAUGGCUUGGUUUUUGCUCUGCCAUGCACUGUCAACUGUUGGACCUUAUAUAGACAGGUGUGUGCCUUUCCAAAUCAUGUCCAAUCAAUUGCAUUUACCACAGGUGGACUCCAAUCAAGUUGUAGAAACAUUUCAAGGAUGAUCAAUGGAAACAGGAUGCACCUGAGUUCAAUUUCGAGUCUCAUGGGAAAGUGUCUGAAUACUUAUGUAAAUAAGGUAUUUCUGUUUUUGAUUUUGUAUACAUUUGCAAAUAUUUCUCAAAAACCUGUUUUUGCUUUGUAAUUAUGGGGUAUUGUGUAUAGAUUGCUGAGGAUUUAAAAAAAAAUCAAUUGGAGAAUAAAUCAAAUCAAAUCAAAUUGUAUUUGCCACAUGCGCCGAAUUAAGGGCUUGUAAGUAAACGCUUACUUACAAGCCCUUAACCAACAAUGCAGUUUUAAGAAAAAGGAAAAAAUAGAUAAGGAAAAAAUAAAAUAACAGUAGGGAGGCUAUAUACAGGGGGUACCGGUACAGAGUCAAUGUGCGGGGGCACCGGUUAGUCGAGGUAAUUGAGGUAAUAUGUACUUGUGGGUAGAGUUAAAGUGACUAUGCAUAGAUAAUAAACAGAGUAGCAGCAGUGUAAAAGAGGGGGUGGGGUGCAAAUAGUCCGGGUAGCCAUGAUUAGCUGUUCAGGAGUCUUAUGGCUUGGGGGUAGAAGCUGUUAAGAAGCCUUUUGGACCUAGACUUGGCGCUCCGGUACCGCUUGCCGUGCGGUAGCAGAGAGAACAGUCUAUGACUAGGGUGUCUGGAGUCUUUGACAAUUUUUGAAUAAGGCUGUUAUGUAACAACAUUUGGAAAAAGUCAAAGGGUCUGAAUACUUUCCGAUGGUAGGGGCCCAACCUAGGAUUCGAAACCGUCUACCUUUCGGAUUUCAAUCAAUGUAUUAUGCUUGUGAUGUUUUCAGAGAACGCGAUGGAUGUGGUAGAGAUGAUAGAGAGCCUGCUGGAGGACCAUCCACACCUCAACUGCACUGAACUUGACACCGUUCUGACGAAACUCAAAAACAUUGUAUCCAUCAGCUGGAUGACCCCACCUCUGGGCAAAGCUAUCAUCAGCAUCAUCUCAGACAUGUUGGAGUCUAAGAGCUACCUGCAGCAUGUCACCAAUCAGUGGGUGUUUUCUCUCUGUUCCACUCAGCCCUACGACACAGAUCAGGUGGUUAAAGAAAUGGAGUGGUGAUCAGGAGGAGGCUUUUUCAAAACCACACAGACGAACACGAUAGACCUUGAACCUGGUCCAGUAUCCACACUAACAUACUACUUAGAAUGAAGGAAUGUAUUGGGCUAAUGUUAGUAUGGAUAUCGGAUCGUAGCCCUAGACUAUUGAAGCUGUACGAAUUGAUAAUAUGUUCUCUCUCUCUCUCUCUCUCUCUCUCUGUCUCUCUCUUUUUCUCCAGUAUGCUCUGCUAUCACUCUUCACUGUGUCCUCUUCUCUGCCCCCUUCUCUUUGCUCUGUAGAAUACUGAACAUCACAGAGAUGGUUGGGGACAAGAUGUCUUGUUUUUCCCAGACAAAUUACACUUUGGUUGCUCCUGCGAUGGCGAUCUCUGUGGUGGAUGUAGAUCCUGGCCAGUUUCAGAGCCUCACCUUUGGCGUCUCGUCAACGGCAGAGGGCCUGAACCCUGAGGUUAGCACGAAUGAAAUACCAUACAUAACAAUAGUUUACCAGCGUUAUCCUUCUAAACACGAGGUAAUAUAACUGCUCUGAGGAGUAAAGCCAGUUUAACCAUCUGUACAGUCAUUGAUUUUGAGAUGGCAUUCUGGUGAUGGCCUUAAUUCAUCUUGGUGUUGUAGAUUUAUAUCAACAAGGAUCCAUUCAAAGGGACAGUUGCAUUAAUCUCCCUACCAUCAGCCUUGAAGUACAGCUUUCCUCAACACAGUGGUGCCCAGCCGCGGGUUCAGUUUCAGUUUUAUGGAAUCCCAACUCUCUUCAUGGUAACAGAGUUGCACCACAGCAGGGUUUAUUAUGUCAGAACUGUAUUGUAUUAAAGGAUAGAAGUAAAUCCCAAUCCUGUAUACUUUCGCUUUCAGAACAACCCGAGUGGGAAGAUCCUGAACACUUAUGUGGUCUCAGCCAGUGUCACCAAUGCCAGUGGCCCCAUCAAGGACCUAGAGGAGGAUGUUGAGGUGACACUGCAUCACCUGAUGUCCAAUACAGUAUGUGGAACACUUACUGCCCUUACAAAAAAAGAUUGCAGUUUUGAAACUGCAGUAAAAGUGUAGUAACUGCAGUCGACUGUGGUAUUUUGGACGCAGUAAUUGCAGAAUAACUACGGUGUAGUGCAGUUGAACUGCAGUUAUACUGCGCUCCAACUGCAGUUACACUGCAAAAUUACUGCUGUAAAAAAAACUCUUAACUCUAAUCUUUUUUCGUAACAGUGACAAUAAAUCAAUUGAACAACCACUUGUAAAAUGAUCAAUCAAACCCAUAUUCUAGUGCCUGAUCCAAUUAUAUUUUCUCUUGAAGCUUGGCAAGGGGGUGCAGUGUGUCUACUGGGACUUCAAUCAAAAUGGUGGGUCCUAUUAUAGAGUGCCUUCAGAAAGUAUUCAGACCCCUUGACCUUUUCCACAUUUUGUUACGUUACAGCCUUAUUCUAAAAUGUAUUAAAUACAAACAAUUAUUCAGCAAUCUACACACAAUACCCCAUAAUGACAAAGCAAAAACAGGUUUAAAAAAAUGUUGGCACAUUUAUUAAAAUAAAAAAACUGAAAUACCUUAUUUACAUAAGUAUUCAGACCCUUUGCUAUGAGACUCGAAAUUGAGCUCAGGUGCAUCCUGUUUCCGAUGAUCAUCCUUGAGUUGUUUCUACAACUUGAUUUGAGUCUACCUGUUGUAAAUUCAAUUGAUUGGACAUGAUUUGGAAAUGCACACACCUGUCUAUAUAAGGUCCCAUAGUUGUCAGUGCAUGUCAGAGCAAAAACCAAGCCAUGAGGUCGAACAAAUUGUCCGUAGAGCUCCGAGACAGGAUUGUGUCGAGGCACAGAUCUGGGGAAGGACACCAAAAAAAUUUCUGCAGCAUUGAAGGUCCCCAAGAACACAGUGGCCUCCAUCAUUCUUAAAUGGAGUAUGUUUGGAACCACCAAGACUUUUCCUGGAGCUGGCCGCCCGGCCAAACUGAGCAAUCGGGGGAGAAGGGCCUUGGUCAGGGAGGUGACCAAGAACCUGAUGGUCACUCUAACAGAGCUCUAGAGUUCCUCUAUGGAGAUGGGAGUACCUUCCAGAAGGACAACCAUCUCUGCAGCACUCCACCAAUCAGGCCUUUAUGGUAGAGUGGCCCGACGGAAUCCACUCCUCAGUAAAAGGCACAUGACAGCCCGCUUGGAGUUUGCCAAAAGGUCUGGUCUGAUGAAACCAAGAUUGAACUAUUUGGCCUGAAUGCCAAGCGUCACGUCUGGAGGAAACCUGGCACCAUCCCUACGGUGAAGCAUGGUGGUGGCAGCAUCAUGCUGUGGGGAUGUUUUUCAGCAGCAGUGACUGGGAGACUAGUCAGGAUCGAAGCAAAGAUGAACGGAGGAAAGUACAGAGAGAUCCUUGAUGAAAACCUGCUCAAGAGCGUUCAAGACCUCAGACUGGGGCGAAGGUUCACCUUCCAACAGGACAACGACCCUGUGCUCACAGCCAAGACAACGCAGGAGUGGCUUUGGGACAAGUCUCUGAAUGUCCUUGAGUGGCCCAGCCAGUGCCCGGACUUGAACCCGAUCGAACAUCUCUGGAGAGACCUGAAAAUAGCUGUGCAGCGACGCUCCCCAUCCAACCUGACAGAGCUUGAGAGGAUCUGCAGAGAAGAAUGGGAGAAACUCCCCAAAUACACGUGUGCCAAGCUUGUAGCGUCAUACCCAAGAAGACUCGAUGCUGUAAUCGCUGCCAAAGUUGUUUCAACAGAGUACUGAGUAAAGGGUCUGAAUAGUUAUGUAAAUGUGAUAUUUCCGUUUUUUCCCCCAAAUAAAUUAGCAAAAAAUUCUAAAAACCUGUUUUUGCUUUGUCAUUAUGGGGUAUUGUGUGUAGAUUGAUGAGGGAAAACUGUUUAAUCAAUUUUUAAAUUAGGUGGUAACGUAACAACAUGUGGAAAAAGUCAUGGGGUCUGAAAACUUUCCGAAGGCACUGUAAAUCACUGAAGAAUUAUCAAACAAAUAAAAUCAGAACAUUUUGGAAAGAGUAUACUUAGAGUUGAUUUGUGUGUUUAUGUUAUCUCAGAGGUAGAUCAAGUAUUUAGUUUAUUUUACUACAGAAGGAAAUGGAGGAUGGGAACAGCAUGGAUGCAGGAAGCACAACACCAGUGCUGACUAUACCACAUGCCUGUGUGACCACCUCACUCAUUUUGGAGUACUUCUGGUAAUGACCCUCAUUUAAAUGCACCAAGGCUGGUAACCUUACAAAACUUUAUCAAAGCUUUGUUGUCACUAUGAUGUCAUUCUCUACCCCACUGUCCUCACUUGUGUUAUAGGACGUAUCCAGGACUCCAGUCGACAUACCAAAUGAGGAAAUUCUGACCAUCAUAACUUAUUUGGGCUGUGGUGUAUCCUCCCUCUUCCUGGGAAUCACUGUAUUGACAUACACAGCAUUUGAGUAUGAAUCAAUUCAGUUACAUACUGUACACCCGGCAGUUUAGAGUGGUACCGUCUUCCUAUUUUCACACUGUAUCAUCUUUUCGUCUGUUGUAAAGUAACUUAUUCAUUCCACAGCCUCCUACUUUUUUUCAUACACCUUAUACAGAACUAUCUACUUGAUUCUUGCCCUGUCUGCUUCCUCUCUGUCUCAUAUCCCCCCACCUUCCCUCACAGGAAGCUCCGCAGAGACUAUCCAUCUAAGAUCCUCAUCAACUUGUCUCUGGCGCUGCUGGGGCUCAACAUGGUUUUCCUCGUCAACUCCUGGCUCUCCUCCUUUGGCAGCUAUGGGCUCUGUGUGGCGGUGGCUUCCACACUGCACUACUUCCUGCUGGCCUCUUUCACUUGGAUGGGCCUGGAGGCUGUGCAUAUGUACUUUGCCUUGGUCAAAGUCUUCAAUGUUUAUGUGCCAUCCUACAUCCUAAAGUUCUGUGCGCUAGGAUGGGGUGAGAUCAACGUCUUAGUUCAAUUAGAACAUUAGCAAAAUGUGUUCUUUUUUUUAUUUUUUACUAGUUAGCAGUAUUCCCCUUUACUUUUAUAAAUUGAACCAUAUCACCUGUUCUCCUUCUCCAUCUUCCUCCCCUCUUGCAGGAAUCCCUCUGGUUAUGUGUUGCCUUGUUCUGGUUAUGAAGAGAGAGUCUUACGGCAGUUCCCUCGGCAGUGAGUCCAUAGAACCACUGGAUAACCCAGAUGCGUUGUGGGUAUUAGAUUCAUCCUUCCGUAGUUUAUCGUUCCCGGUCACUAUCAUUAGAUGAGCAGCACCUUUUUUUCUGACACUUAAUGACAUGUAUCUGACACUCUCAGUGUCAACUCAAGUCAAAACUUUAUACAGUUAAAUUAAACAAAGUGUAGAUCAUGGAUGACCAUUGUGUGGUACUAGUGUCUGUAAAGUAUAUCUGUGUAUUAUAGAUUCUGGACUGAGGUUGUUAUUCAGAUGUGUAGAUAAAUCCCUCUCUCCUAUUAUCAGCUGCUGGAUCCAAGAUGAAGUGACUUUCUAUGUGUCUGUGGUGGGCUACAUUCUGCUGGUGCUGCUGUGCAACAUGGCUACCUUCGUUGUGGUCCUGGUCCAGAUCCGCCACAUGCGGGUCAAUCAGCCAGCCGGCAUCCACAGCGGCCUCCUUCUGCAGGACCUGAAGGGGGUGUCCAGUCUCACCUUCCUGCUGGGUCUCACCUGGACUGUGGCUUUCUUCGCCUGGGGGCCAGCCAAGGUUCCCCUCAUCUACGUCUUCUGUGUCCUGAACAGUCUGCAAGGUGAGUGACUGCUGCCAAGCAACAGGCGUUUGUCUGUUUAAGUCAUAGGGUAUAAGAUAUAGGGUAUAACCUGAUGCCAGUUCAUCCCUUUAACCUUUUACUGCAGUGGGCUAAAUCAGGGUCACGCAGAGUGAUUAUUGGUAGUCUUAAACAAAUCUACUUUGAAACAAAAGUAUACACCUCACACACGUACGAUGUCAGAUAUAGAGUUGAAAUGUAUUCCAUUUUCAGCUUGCAUCCCAAUAUUACACGUUACAGUAUAAACAUCACAGAAGACUGAAAUAUAACAAAACUGUUUGACAUAGAAACACUGGAUUUUAUUCGUUUUCUUUUAAAUAAUCUUUAUUAAUUAUGCAAUUAUGAAAAAUAUUAAUAACAUUCCAACCAUGAGUCCAACGAGGGCGCUUUUGUUAAUUGACUACAGGAAAGGGCUACAUCAUAGGGUAUUGGGUAUAUAGGGUAUAACCUGAUGCCAGUGUUACCACUGUGUUUCAGGGUUCUUUAUAUUCCUGUUCCACUGUCUGAUGAAGGAGAAUGUGAGAAAACAAUGGAGAAUCCAUUUGUGCUUUGGAAGCUUAAGGCUCCAAGAAUACUCUGGUAUUUGCAAUCACAUAUCAAUAUAACUUCCUACCACCCAAAUCAGAAAUGAAAUUACUCAGUUUGACCAUUGUCAGAUUAAAUUAAAUGUUUACAAAAAAUACAUUUUUAUGUUGAUCUGAAAAUAAAAAGUUGGAGAUGUAUAACUUGUCUUGUUCAGAAUGGAGCCAUACUGCCACGGUUGGUGCCAAAUACAGGCCUAACCCUCUGGUGCGCAUGCCUUCUGUGAGGUCCAUCAAGUCCAGUGCCACAGACAGCACAUCUGCCUCCUCCGACUCCAGUCAACGACAGGUCUCCAUCAGAAGACCUAACUUGGGUGAGAUCCCAUUAUUUCCAAGCAAGAAUCAUUCUGAUUUAUCAUUAUUCUAUGACUCCUAUGAGGACAUUAUCAUGAGUGAUUAGAGAGACAGUGUUUAGUGUAUAAAUAUAUGUUCUUCUUGUUUCCCCCUGGUUGGCAGACCUCGUGUAUGUGAAUAGCUUUGCACUACCACGCGUCCAAUGCAACGCCACUCCUCUUCCUCACAAGAGGGCCUCUUUCCCAGAGGAGGGGAACUACGAGGGGCCCACUUGGCAAGACGGAUCUCACCCAAGACAUCGGCUACCCAUCCCUUAA